GCUCUGAGCUGGUGUGCGCUAGCCCACUCGGCCACCGAUCCCCCCUCAGGUGCUCCAAGCGGGACCUAUACUUCGUAGUGUCACCUGCUUCAAGCAGAACCACCAGACGCAUGUACACAGUGCUUGUGUUGCUUCUAAAGUUUUCUUGUCGCUCAAUCAUGCACCUUUACGCUGAUUGAUAUAUGUCCAUAGGUACGUUUGGUGCGUUGGUUUCCAUUCUGCGUCCACCUGUGGCCUCCCCCACCUCUCUGAUAUGGACUGACGACGCCCGCACCCAGACAGCAGCCUUGAGAGCAAUGACUGCUGCUAGACAUCCUGUGUUUUCAGCAUCGUCACGUUACGAGACACGGUCCGUGAUGACGCAGACAACAGGCUUCGGCAGAAACGCAGGUACACAAGCAUGUAUACCAUCGAGGAACAAGAAAGUGCAGACGGAGCUUUCUGGAAUUAUGCCGCAGACCUCUUCCUCGUCAAACUGUGGUGAUCCAGAACAGAGUUCUGAUUCAGAAGACCUGGGUGUAUCAGGGAAGCAGCCACUGGAAAGAGAUGACCCUACGUAUUGUCCACCAGAGGACAGCUCUGUUAGGCUUGAGAGGGAAACACCAUCUUUGGUAAAGGAGAGGAAAUUCAUUGUAUUCGAGUCUUGCCUUGACCUUCUCCUGGGGAAGUGCCAAGUAUGUGCUGCUCCCCUGAUCCACGUGGACAAGAGUGUCGUUGGCUGCAGCCUGCAAGUCUACUCAAUUUGUCGGAGUGGACACGUGAAUGACUGGUGCAGCCAGCCCAUCAUCAAGCGGAAGCCGGUGGGGAGUAUCCUAAUGGCUGCGGCAAUCCUGUUCAGUGGCAGCUGCGUAAAGAAGACACUCAGAACACUCACCAGCAUGGGGAUUGUCUGUUUCUCCUAUGGCACCUUCUUCAACAUCCAGAAGGCCUUUCUCCUGCCCUCAAUCGAAAAGGUCUGGAACAAGCAUCAGAACGAGUUGUUCGCAGCUGCUGCAGGCAGGCACCUCACCAUCGCCGCUGACGGGAGAGCAGACUCACCUGGCCACUCGGCCAAGUAUGGCUCCUACACGAUGCUUGAUGCCGAUGACAACAAGGUCAUUCACGUUGAAACCGUCCAGUCCAAUGAAACUGGGGGCAGCUAUCAUAUGGAGCUGGAAGGCCUCAAGAGGUCCCUCAGCAUUUUUGAGGCCCACUCGUUGAUUGUGGCCAUCCUGGUAACCGACCGGCAUCCCCAGCUCAAUGCUUGGCUGGGACGAGAACACCCAGAUAUCUGCCACCUUUUUGAUUGCUGGCAUGUGGGGAAGGGCAUCAAGAAAAAGCUGGCUGCAGCUGCCAAGUCACGGCAUUUAGAGGAGCUCGGGUCUUGGACAAGGGCAGUGGUGAACCAUCUGUACUGGUGUGCUGGGUCAAGUGUCGACAACCAGGACCUCAUCCUGCCAAAAUGGAAGUCUCUGGUGGCACACGUAGUGGGUGUGCAUACCCACGCUGACCCUCUCUUCCCAGAGUGUGAGCAUGAGGAGCUAGAGAAAAAGUGGCUAGCAGAAGGGUCCCCUGCGCACCAGAAGCUGGUGGAGAUCGUGCUCUCCACUCACCUGCUUCGCGACAUUCCUCGACUGUCCACAUCGGCGCAGACAUUUGCAACAGAGUGCUUUCAUAGUACUCUGUUGCAGUUUGCGCCGAAGCAGGUCCACUUCAGCUUCCGAAGCAUGAAGGCCAGGACCUACCUCGCUGCCCUCCAUUACAACGAAAAUGCGGGAAGGCCCCAAGCGGUGACCAAGAAAGGAGAGAAGAUGUGGGUCAUCAAGUAUCCAAAAGCAAAGAAAGGACCCACUGUUGCUAAGCGCAAGACUGACUGCACCUAUGAGUAUGUGGGAGAGCUCAUGGCAGUUGUGCUGCACCUCUGCUCAACGCUGCCAUCCUACAAGGCUGCAGCUGCCCUCUGCAACCAGGAUGCACCUCCAUUUCUUUCUAGUGCGUAUCAGCAUGGAGAUAAACAGGCAUUGGUGCAACAGCACUGCUCUAGGUUUACUCGGUAGUCUGAUGUAGGCCAAGGUUCCACUUGCUUGAUGCAGCUUCUUGCGCUACGCUCCAGCUUUUUCACUUCACCGUGUUUGACCGUUCGGAAAACCUCAGCAAGAAUGGGAUCCACUGCUGUGUUGUCGGCCAGUUCCUUUUCAGUCAUGGGAGGUUUCGUCGGGGCUUCUAACAUCAGUACGUUGCCUGAAGGAUGUUGCUCAUUGUCAGUCUCGGGCAAUGGUAGUCUGCCUAAAGCAUCAGCGUUUUAAUUUCGCUUUCCUGGUCUAGAGAUUAGGUUAUAAUCAUAGGCUCCCAGCUUAACACACCAGCAUGUCCUACUUGGUGA